CCAGAAACCAGAGAACAAACAACACACGUGCAAGUGCAAGCUGUCGGGGGCUGUGAGGGCGAUGGCACCUCACCACAUGAUCCUCGCCGCCCUGCUGCUGGGGGCAGCCCGCGCGCCCCCGCCGGGCGGCGGUGGUGGCGGUGGCGGCGGUGGGGGCGGCAGUAGCAGCGCGACCUGUGCGGCGGACGGGAGCAGUGCGAGCUACACGGAAACGAUCACGACCCAGAGUGGCGUAAGCGUGCGCAAGAUUGUGUCCACGGGUUGUCCCAACCACGAGUCCUACUGCACGGGGAAGCCGGGAAAUUCUUGCGGCGACGAGGGAAAGCAAACGACGCUCGUCGAGGGCAAGGAGCAAAGCCUGAGUGUCGAGGUGCCCGCGAACCCAAAGCUCAAGAGCUCGUACACUGCCGAAGAACUAGAUUGCAGCAUGGGCACCAUCGCGUAUGCUCUAAACGGCGUAGGCUUCUACUCGGGGGCCGUAGCGUUCGUUUCGGGUGGCCCCUGCCCUCAACUCGACGUGGCCGACGCGACGGCCGAGUGGAUCUCAUUUGAUUGCUGUUCCGGGCACAGCACGGGCUCCGGCGGCUACCACUACCAUUUUCCCCCGUCGUGCCUAUUAGCUCAAGCGGAUGCGGACGCGCCGGUGGGCACAACAGUAGCGAACGGACACUCUCCGCAGAUUGGCUGGGCACAAGAUGGCUUCCCGAUAUGUCCGCGGCCAGUGUCCACUCCUACAGCUCGUACGCCAUCGACGCGACUCGUCACUCAUCUCCCGAUUCCGCGCAGACGGCCCGCUCGGCCCCGGCGGCGUCGAAAUUCGGAAUUGCGGCGCCUCAGGCGCCGACUCGACCUACUGCCAAGACGCUUGCGGCGGCUACGAAGGGGAGUUGGACGGCGUUGAUAACUAUAAAUACCGCUACUACGUCACGGGCAAGGUCGGCGAUCUGAACGCGCUGCCCUCGAACCCGAAGCCCGACUCGGAGGCGCUCUAUUUCCCGUACACGAUCAGGUGCCACCGUGGUGCGACAGUCAGCGAGUAUAACAGCGUGUCGGGUUCCAACGGCUACACGAGCGCGCACACCGCUACGGCUCACCCGGGCUACAGCUCCGUGAAGCUCCCCGUCCAGUGCCUCGACGGAAAAUCCAAGGCCGACUAUGACUGGGCUAACCUCGGAAGUACGACCGGCUCAGGCUCUGGUUCAGGUUCUGGCUCAGGCUCUGGUUCGGGCUCUGGCUCAGGUACGACGUCGGACACUCCGACGAGCGGCGCCGCGGCUUCCGCGCCGCGCCUCGCCGCCGCCGCCGCCGCCGCGACUUUGUUCGCAUGGCUCUAAGCGGACUCGGACCGAAUUCGCCCCAUCGCCCCCAUCGCCUGUUGUAACUAGCAUAUCCCGCGAAUCUUACGACGGGGUUUCCAAG